UUUCGUUGAACGUAUAUAAAGUUUUAUUGUUAAGUGAGAAAAGGUGCUGAGGACUACAUUCGAUGGGGAAUAUUUUCAACAACUCAAUGACGACACAGUGACUACUGGAUAUUUCCCCCAAUCGUCACAAUCAAUUGAAUAUUUUAAAAAAUCACCUCAUUUUCACAAUGUGGAUGAGUUUUGUUGAAUUCUUAUGUCCACGGUGUGCUUUUGCCCGUUAAAUUGUUGAGCUCAUAAAAUGAGAAUGUAAAGACGUUUCAGUUCUGUUUGUGAGUAAUUCUGUUGCGUGCAUUUAAAUUCAGUUGUAAAGUGUGCACAAAAACGGGGUUCUUGAGAGAGAGCGAGGGAGUGUGAGAGAUAAAUCACAAAAGGAUUAGUGGUAAUUGCUGUUUGAAAAUCAUUUCUAGUGGUUUCUGGUUGCGCUUUGUGGAGAAUCCUGCGGAAAGUGUGUUUAACAGGAAAAUCAUCAGGAAGUGGUAAUUGUGCGAUACUGAGAAGGAAAUUAUGGAAAAUCCUACUAAUGCAGAAUUGUGUAAAUGUGACGGGUGAAUUAUACAAUUUUGCGUAACGACGAGUCAAUAAAUGUGGUGGAUAUCAAGAGAAUGUCUCCUUAGCAAUGGCAAAAGCCGCGCGACGGUCAGUUGCAUCAGAUCCGUCGUCGCCGACAUCCUACACUAGAUACUACCCGCCAAGGUACACCACAGAACCACUGGAUCGCCGCAGACACGUCGACGGACCACUUCGAUAUCAUCCCCCUGAGGCUGUUGUAUCAAGAAUCGAUCGGUCAACUCCACAGCAUUCGCUUAGCUCUAAACGCUAUGACAAUGCCAGCACGAGCACGGUACAACCACCAACGAACUCCAGCCUCUCCCCUGCGAGCGUGGCAGCGGAACGCGAAAGAAUUAGAAUGGAGUUUUAUGCUACUUACGACGUCAUGACAGGUGUAAGGAUAGCUGCGACUCUGGGUGGUUUCUUCGGCCUGAUGGUGAUAUUGGUGAUGUACAAGAGCCGCAGCCACACGAAUCAGGCGCUCAAGGAUCCCAACAUAGCCGCCGUGGCGGCCGCCGUGGUUCAGGAGGAGGAGGAGCGCGAGCUGCAAGAGGUUCUCGAGGCCUCCGGACUGACACUGUACUCCGAUGACUAUCGGUAUGAUUUCCAACGACGAAGACUCCUGUCCCUGGGGAACGUGAGUGCACCACCGGCACUGCAUCGGGGAAUUCGAUUCUCAUCAUUCGGCGGAUACAGUUCGCUGAUCGAUCCGCCACGGAGAUAUUCCUAUGGAGGUACAAAGCCAAAGUGUUCGCCGGAGUCCUCGAGAGUUCUUAGUGCCUAUCAAAUGGGAGACAGUUUCGGAACGGAUGACUUCAUCGAAUCGGAUGAUGAGCACGAGGUGGACGAUUUCGAUCAGACAACCAUGACGGCCGAAUCGGGAUAUCCCAGUCACUUGUCCGUUCCCCAUAAGCAAUAUGAUUCCAGACGAAGCAGUGGGAUCACUUGCUGCAGCACAGAAAGCUCAUACCUGGAACGUCGGUGUUCGGCUAUAACAUUAGGUAUUCACUCAUUGGCGCCAAUUUCUUCACAUAAUCAUUCCCGACGUUCCAGUCGCGAUGCAUGGGACGUUAGCAAUUUUCCCGAUAUUAACAUUAUACAGCCAACACCCAAGACUUCACCCUAUCCCAGCGAAGGGAACAUCAAUGAACGCACAAAGUCGACGGUGCGUCUAAGGAGAAGCCACGAGCCAACCGUUGAGUCCUUCGAUUACAUCUCUGAGUAUCCCGACGUGAAUGGCGAGGAGGGUCGCCGGGAACGCUCAGUGGAGGAUUCGGCAUCGGGGGACAGCCGAAGAGCGCCGCUAGCAUCGCUGAGCUCUUUCAAAAUCUCCUCCAUCGACUAUCAAGACUCAGACCUGAGGAGCCUGGGUUCGGACUCAGUCUUUGUGGAGAGUUACGCUGACACAGAUGAAGACAUGGCACAAUUCAGCACGGACAGCGAUGACAGUGAUGGCCACAGUCCGCCCCGAACGAAGAGAGCCACCAUUGGCCAAGGACUCUUGCUCAGGCCUUCGACAACGGCUGACCUGGUAGCGAGUCGUGACAAUAGUUGCUCAAGCGAUAUCCUGCCCAAACCCAACAAGACGUUCCAGACGAAGGCCGUAAUUGAGAGUCGCCUCGACGAUGAGCCCGAGUUCGCAAACAAGGGUAUAAUGAAGAGCAAGAGCGUGGAGGAGUGCAUAGUGGUGAGCGUAGUUGCGACGGAUCCCGACAGAAGAUCCACGAGUUCUGGUCCAGCUGUGAUUCUUGAGUUGCCUGUGAUAACCACACAGCAGCAAGACGACGAGCAGCCAAUUGAUCCAAGUGUUCCUGGUCCCUCGAGGAAGUGGUCCAAAGAAACCCUCUUUUAGUUCUUUCUCACCUUUGUUAAGGCUACUUUAAGUGCUGCCGUGAAUCAAAAGAUAUUUUGCUGCUAACGUAUUAGCUCAAAGCUUAUAAGCAAAAUGCAAUAUCAUUAAAAUGAUGGGUAAAAUGUUAAGAAAUUAAUUGAAGAAAAUCCCUUAAAACCUCGUCCACAGUUGAAUCAGUUGGAAAGAAAUUGAGUCACGGUAUCUUGAGUGACUUGAGGACAGCUUGCUCGAAUAAUGUGAUUGAUCAGUAUCGAACAUUUUAUUAGAUUGGACGCGACAUUCGAGUGGGCGAGAUUUCACAAAUAUCAUCACCACUAUUUCACCCAAUUGAUAUUGGACAAAGACGAAGUGCAUCUAGAAUUGCACAGAGGAUAAAAGUUUCCAUUUAAUUUUCUAAAUUGCACGCAACGAUAUUCUGGUCAAUUUCUCAUAUUAGCGCGCAAAUCAACAGAAGAAAUUCAAAUAUCAUGCUAAGCAUUAUCGAUUGGCGCUAAUUGUACUUCUUCUCACUUUCUUAAGAAUACUUGCGAUUCCAAAGGGUGAAAAGGUGAAUAAUAAUUUUUUGUAUGAUGGCCACUAGUUAUAAUUUAGUUAGGAUGUUACGAAAAAGAAAUUCUCCAGUUGAAACUUUCAUUAACAAAAUCGAUAUAUAAUAUAUAUAUAUAUAAUAUACUUUUAGCCACGGGAUGGGAAAGUUAUACGAAAAUUCUAUACCUAUGUUAAUGUAAGAAGUACAGCACUAGGAAUGAUUUAUGAAUUGUUCAUGGGAAAUGUUAAAAAUCCCCUCCUCUCUCCGGUCAAGUGGGGAGAAUCCUAAUCUCUACGUUGUAACUUCAUGUGAAUAUGUUUAUGGGAAAACGAUGUUUUAAUGAUGAAAAAGAUAUAGAAGGAAUACCUUUCAAAUAAAAACCAAAACUAUUUUCUAAAGACAACCCAGAACCUGUAUAUUUGUAUUGAGAGAUUCUUGUAUGAUAUAUAUAUUGGACAGGUGAAAUAUGUAGAUAAUGCCAUAGAAAUAGUUUUAAGAGAAAAUACCACUGUAUUGUAAAAUUAUAUUUAGAGAAAAAAAUGUGAAAAAAGCAGACAAGAGUUUGUUAUCAAGGGUAAAAGUUCGCAUGUCUAUAGUGAAACUAUAUAUUUGAGUAUAUUUGAAAGUAAAGGGAGAAAGAAAGUGUCAUGACAUAUCUUCAAUGAAGCAGUUUGUAUAGUAAAAAUAUACAUACUAAGUAUUAAUUGUGCAUUUUGCAGUUAUGUAAAUUUAUAAUCGAAACUCUAGGGAGUGUUCAAUCAAGAAAUCAAUCGAUUGGAAGCAUAUUUGUGAGAUUAUGAAAAUAAAAUUGAGAUAAACAAUUGUUUUUAAUUAUCGAAUACCAAAAAAAAGAAACAAAAUAUUUCAUAGGUAUCAUAUAUUUUUCUACUGCAUAUUCUCUACUUUAGCAAAUGAAUAAUACAACGUGUUAUUUAUAGAGAAAUGGAAUAUUCGUUUGUAUGGAAGAAUGUAAACGUUUUUAUCCCACUUUUAAACAAUUGAGCCGCGCUGAGCGAACUUAGUCAGGUUAUAUCUAUCGCUCAUUUAUCAUAUAUGAGACGCUUUGACACCUUAAUAUGUAUAAAUUGAAGAUACAUAAAAUUUAUCUGUGAAAUUUAAUUUACUCAUUCAGUUACAGAGAAUAAAAAUGAUUGUGUCUCAUUUUUUCAGCUUCAGUUCGACAUUCCAUUUGUAGAAAAAUCUACUUUUCACUAACAUUUUCAAAUAAAAGCACAGAAAAAGCUCAUAGAAGGAAAUCUGUGCCAAAUUCCAUUAUAAAUCAAAAUCACAAUUUUCUUUUCAACCAAGUAAUACAGGGAAUUUCGGUUAGCCGCCAAUAUAUUGAAUUCAUGCUUAAAAUUUUAUUCUGAGCGUAGGAAGUCAAGAUUUCCUGUAUUAAAAGGAAUUAAAUUUUUGACAUUACUUUAAAGCACAUUUGACAAUUCCUAUUGCAUGAAUAAAUCUUGGCCAUACUUUAGCUAGUUUGCAUUUUGAGUAUUCAAGUAGGAAUGCAGCUAAACUGAAGCAGUGCCAAAAGCUCACUUCAUAUUAUUGGACCAUACCUCACAAUCAAUUAAAAAUAAACUUAGAGAUGUAAAGAAAAACCCUAAUAAAGAAUCUAUGCCUUCUUAAUAUAAAUGAGAGUUAUUAAAGACCAAUUUAAACGGGAAGAAACUAAGAAACUUGUAGUGUUGCAAAGAAUUGUCACUGUAUUACAAACAAGGUGGAGGAAAUGUAUUGUAUUUCUCGAAAAAAAAAAUCAUUUUCUAGUUAUGAUCUACUCGGUAGUCUUGCCAUGCAACAACAAACUGAUGAAAUGCACAAAGAAUUUAUAAAGGUUUCCAUCCACUUUAACAGUGGAUCGCAUUUCCACACAGAAUAGGUUUUCCAGUGGGAGUUUCCUUUUAUCAUUUCUGCCCCAAAUUCCUCCUGCAUGGCCAAGGAGAGGCGUAAGACCUUGUAAAAGUAUUACAUAUGACAUCACAUACAAUUUGCUACAUCUGUCUAGUCUAAAUGAAUUCAGCGCCGAGGGGUCUUAUUGGAUCAUUUCUCCCCGAGAGACUUGUUAUAUCGACCCAUUAGCCAUACAUAGUUUCAAUCUUGGAGAAUCACUAACCGUGGCGACCUUAACAGUGAAGAUAUAUUGAUUUGUGUACACACGAGCCAGCAAUUAAUGUGCAUUUCGUCUGUCAUGUAAAGGUUGAUUGAUGGACAAGUGCACGACAGGGCAUGAUGUUAGCUUAUACAUUAUACAUAGAAGACUUCUCAUGCACUAGAACUGUACCUUUUCAGCGUUAGCCUGAGGACAUCUCGUAGGGAUAAAAAUGACAUUUAUACAUCAGCAAAUAGGGCACAGAGCAGCCAUGAAAGUACUCGUGAUGAUGUUGUUAAAUAGUGAAACCCAUUAAGAUAAUGACUAAAAUGAAAUCUGUUGAAUAUUGAUAUGUAAAAGGAGAUUAGCUGUUGUACAGGGACUCUUCGUGUUCAUAUAUACUCUCUCGUUUCUUUCUGAUUUAUUUCUCCCAUUACGCCCAUCAGCAUUUCAACUUUCAGUCUAUCUUCCGCUAUCAAGUGCGCAUUCAUUGCUUCUCUAACAUAGCAAAAUAUCAAAACGCAAUUAGAAACUCUGUACGAAUUAAGUGUUUGGUAAUUCUUCAAGCAGAGAAAAAAGAAUUGUGUAGAAUAGAAGAUGACUCACAACUGUUGAGGUGAAAUGUUUCAAAAAAGAUGUCAAUAUAGCGGUAAAAGUCUAAUAUUUAUAGAUCUGUACAAAAUGUAUAAACUGAGGAAUGUCUGACAAAUGUGCAUAUUACAUUAUAUAGAUAAAACAUAGUUAAAGAUUAAAAGUUAAAAGAAAUAAAUUGUAUGUCUAUUUUUAGUAUUAACGGACCAAAUUCAGUUUGAA